AUGGGCGAGGGAACCUUAGAACUCAUGGGCCCCGUUCCUGAGUCCAGUAACGAUGCAUGUAAAAAGCCUAUCGAGAGGAGAGAGUCCGACAUGACUCGCGGAGACUCGAUCCCCAGAACCUCUGCGUUCUCGCGGCGGCUUUCCGAGCUAUUACGCUCCUCGAAUGCUGCAUUGAAUAGAACCAAUGCACUCAUCGCGAAAACCGAAGGCCAAGACUGCCUACUGGGCAGCAUUGAAUAUGCCUGCCACGCACUACAUUACUUGAUCGCGUCCCGAGCGCUCGCCAGACUUCGGCACCGUUUAGCAUUUGCUUUGAGACGAUACAUACUGCGUCAGGGAACAUCAACACUCGCCACCGGAUGCACGCCGACAGAUCCUUCACCGUCGAUCCUACUUUCGCUAUCCUCAUUGCUCUGUGAGACGCGGUAUACCCUGCGCCUUCUCGGCCUGUUCCCUAUCUGGAAACAAGGAGUGGAAUUGGUGGAUAGCCCGUCGAAGGACGUCAUUUCUAAUGUGCUGGAUGCUUGCCAAAUAGCAUCUGUCACCGUGUAUCAACUCCUUGAGAACAUCGCGUAUCUCGGUUCCAAGGAUAUUAUCCCCGACUACUGCAUAAGAAGGCUCGGUGGUAUUGACAGGCUGUACCUUGGGAGUAUCCGAGGGUUGUUGGCCCACUUCGUGGUCCAACUCGUGAAGCUGGGCCGUGCAAAGCUUUGGAGCAUGAAAGACACCGGCGGUGCCAGCGCACCCACGCCACAGGCUGCCGAGGGCAAACGAGCUCUCGGGUCAGAUGAUUGUGACGAAGGUGCGCGUUCCCAGGGCCAGGAAUGGAGGAAAGACUUGGUUUCAAGCUCUCUGUGGACGGUUCUGUGUAUACACUGGAGUUUUCCACAUGAUGUGCAAAGAAUGGAGAAGCUGGAGGGUGCAUUAAGUUUCCUGGCAGAUUUCUUUCUUUUGCGCGACUCGUGGAUUGAGGCUGCGGCUUGA